AACGUGCUCUCCAUGGUGCAAACACAAACACCUUAACAAGAUGGAUGGAGUAUGAUGUGUCAUUAUGCACUAAUUUAAUCUUUAAUCACGUAUUGUGGGAUGUUUAUCUGUUUAGCAUGUGUUCAUAAAGAAAAUACUUUUUAUUUAUAGUGUGUAAAAUAAAAAAAAAUGAAAGAAGCCACUCUGCUCUGUGUGUGUGUGUGUGUGUGUGUGUGUGUGUGUGUGUGUGUGUGUGUGUGUGUGUGUGUAUGGAAUAAUGAAAUAUGAGCCACAUGCCCAAGUUAAGCCCAUCUUCUGGUGCAUCUCCCCUCCCCCAACAGAUUCCAGUGCAGAAUUCACUCUGGAGGAGUAAAGCGAGCAAAGAUGGCGCUCCGUUUCAGCACUGGACAGCUCCCCAUAGACUUACACUGAAAGCCGUCAAGGCGAGGUCUGAUUACAAACAGCGCGGUGUGGACUGUUGACGUUUUGACACGGCAAGUGUUCCUUGUGUCCGGCAUUGGACGGAAAUGGUCCAUGGUCCUCGCUUCAUGCGGCGAAUAAAGAGGACAACACACUCAGCUGCGCGAAGCUCCGCCAACGGGAAUGAAUGGAGAGAUAUGAGAGGAAAAAUGCAACGGCUGGCGCUGGCAAACGUUAACAUGACGGACUGAUGGUGGGAUUAUCCGGUCACAUCUGCUUCGUCGUCUGUUUUCAAACCUCCGAAAAAUGAGCGAAUAGCACGUUACCCUGGUCUGCGCGAAGUUAUCCUCCGAGCGUCGCUGAUACGAUUUUAUUUCAUGCAAAACCCACCCGGAUCUUCAGGUUCGAGAGGAUGCCCUCCACUCUAGCGCUGCUCAUCAUGUCUGCGUCGUAUUUCAACCCCAGCUUUGCGCUGAGCUCACAUUUUGAUUCGGAUGGCGCCCCUCUGAGUGAGCUCUCCUGGUCGUCCUCUUUAGCAGUGGUGGCUGUGUCUUUCUCUGGCCUCUUCACCUUUAUCUUCCUCAUGCUGGCCUGCCUGUGCUGCAAGAAGGGCGAGAUUGGAUUUAAGGAGUUUGAGAAUGCGGAGGGUGAUGAAUAUCAGGCGGACAUGUCCACUCUGGCCUCGCCAGCCUCCGCUAACGGCCCUGACGUCUAUGUCCUUCCUCUUAGCGAAGUCUCACUGCCUGUCGCCAAGCAACCCGGCCGUUCAGUCCAACUGAAGUCAACAGAUGCGACUCGUCACAGUUUGCUCUACAUUAAGGAGAUUGGGCACGGAUGGUUCGGCAAGGUGUUGUUGGGGGAGGUGAACUCUGGCCUCAGCAGUACUCAGGUGGUGGUGAAGGAGUUGAAGACGAGCGCCAGCAUGCAGGACCAGAUGCACUUUUUGGAGGAAGCACGGCCUUAUCGGUCCCUGCAGCACCCAGCUCUAGUGCAGUGUUUGGCUCAGUGCACAGAAGUCACCCCCUACCUGCUGAUCAUGGAGCUCUGUCCUCUGGGCGAUGUGAAAGGUUAUCUGCGCAGCUGCAGGGCAUCAGACUCUUUGACCCCUGACCCUUUGCUCCUUCAGCGAAUGGCUUGCCAGAUAGCCUCUGGCCUUCUGCAUCUCCACAAACAUGAUUACACCCACAGUGAUCUGGCUUUGAGGAACUGCCUUCUGACAUCAGACGUGACCGUCAAAAUUGGAGACUAUGGGCUGUCACACAGCAAGUAUAAGGACGACUAUUUUGUGACUUCGGAUCAGUCCUGGGUGCCGUUACGCUGGAUUGCUCCUGAGCUGGUGGAUGAAGUCCAUGGCAACCUGCUGGUGGUGGACCAGACCAAACAAAGCAAUAUCUGGUCUCUUGGGGUAACAAUCUGGGAGCUGUUUGAGUUGGGGAACCAGCCUUAUCGCCACUACUCAGAUAGACAGGUCCUCAGCUAUGCUGUGAAGGAACAACAGCUGAAACUGCCAAAGCCAUUGCUUCAGUUCCCUCUUGCUGACCGUUGGUAUGAAGUGAUGCAGUUCUGCUGGCUUCAACCAGACCAGAGGCCAAAUGCUGAGGAAGUUCAACUCCUGCUCAGUUACCUUUGUGCUAAAGGUGCCAGUGAAGCAGAGGAAGACUUUGAGAGACGCUGGAACUCCAUGAGACCCAACAUAAAUCAUGGCACCCUGCAUGGGGCUGGUCCCCUGACCCUGGAGAUGCCUCAGUCCUCCAUGACCUCCUCCUCCUUCCCCCUACUGGAACAAUUCUCUGCUGGUGAUGGCUACCAAUCAGAGUCAGGAGAUGACAUUCUAACUGUUACUGAGACCAGUCAUGGUCUGAACUUUGAGUACAAAUGGGAGCAAGCAAGAGCAAAGCAGCCUUACCACUCCUCAUCCACCACUGGAACAUUAGGUCAAGGGAAUCCACAUUGCCAGGAUAUCUACUACCCUCCAGGAGUAGGUGGAUGUGGGAUUGAUGUACUCACGUUGGGGGUCUCUCCUCAGUACUUUGAGCCUAAGCAGUUACAUACCCCAAGUGUGGUACCAGUCCUCAGUGCUCAUAGUCCAUCAGUUAGUAGUGAGUACUAUAUUCGUAUUGAAGAGAAUUCAAAUGUCAGUAGAAUGCCAGUAGAAUGCAACAUUGACUUGGAUUACACAAUUUGUGCAUACAGCCCUGAGUUUGGUGGCAGCAAUGGCAGCUUUCUCACAGGUAGUGGAGACUCAGGGGAAUGUAUGAACUUUCCUUCUGAAGGCAAGCCAAUUGAGUCAUACUGGUCAGCGGACAUCCACAAAAGCAAUGCCUAUGAUUCAGACAGCAGUCCAGCGAUGUCCCUAACCAUGGAGCCACUUCUUGGUCAGAUAUCUGAUGCCAGCCCACUAAGGCCUUGGGAAUCAGGUCAUUAUGUAUCAUACAAAGACAGGGAUGGAGGCUAUUAUUAUGAACAGUCACCUCCACUCGGUAUAGACCACUAUCUAAUUGGAGACCUUUCAGAACCCCCACGUGAGAGCUGGGGGUCGCGGAACCUGAGACAGGCUCUUGGUGAACUGGAGGAGCCCUUGGGGAUCUCCCCUUCUCUUGGCAGUCCCCCACAAGUCUAUGGUGAUCAAUACCUUGAGAGCAGCCAAGGAUCAGUAAUAGGGAAAAAUGUAACUGGGGGAUACUAUGACAUGAUGGGUUCCUUGAGGAAGACUAUGCCAGGAAACCACUCAGUUUGUAUUGACAUUGAGUCAGGUGGAGCGGUGUUUGUGGGGCGAGAGGACAGUGACUCAGAAGAAGAGGAUGACCUGUUCAUUGAAAGGCAAGCAAUGGGCUGGCCCAGCAACCACUCAAAAAAUACUCUGAGCUUGUGUCGGAGACAAAGUUCAUCCAGGCAAGAUGCCUAUGCGGACUUUCACUACACUAUGCCAAUGACUGAUGUUGAGGAUGCAUGGCCAGAGGAGCAUAGUCUCCCAUAUCGUUCUGCCAAACCAAUUAAUUACCUAGAAGCUACAGUAAAAAGCAACACCUGCCCUGUGCAUGGCAGGCAUGCAUCAGCAUCCUCAGCUGAUUGCAGUUCCUACAUUCAUCUGUGUCAUGAACCUAGAGAAGCAGAGGUUUAUCCUGUGCCGUGUUGUCAGGCUUUGAGCAACUCUCACUUUGUGGAUCCGCUCACAGGGUCAUUGGUAAGAAACUGCUUCAUGAAUGAUGUCUCAGAAAAAAACCCAGGCUUAUCCACCGGAAACCAGCAGUUAAGCCAAUCUGUUUUACCUAUUGGGCAUGUAACUUCCAAACCUGAGCCAACAAAGAACAAUGUAAAACAGACUGAGCAUUCAGAAUAUGUGGACAUUGUAAUCAGAGAAGGAAUGCUUAAACAAGAAAGCAGCGUACAGGAAGAUACAGGUCAAAUGAACUUCAAAACAGAGGUUACAACCACAUCUCAACCAUCAGAGAAACCGAUUCAUGAGCUUACCUCCACAGAACCUGAAUCAGAAGGCAGCAGGACAGGAGACAGCGGUGUGGACCGCGGACACUCCAGCAUCAGCCUGGUGGAGAUUGAUGACUGCAGUGAUGAGGACAUCACUGAUGUCACCUCAGGGAUUUUUGGUGACUACACAGUAGAUUAUGUGGAGACAGCUGACUAUGCUACCCAGACAUUCAAAUCAUUGCAGAAGCAGGUGGGCACACCUGACUCAAUGGAUUCCAUUGACAUACCAUCCACUGCAGGCUCCAGUGAAACUCUUAGCCCAACCUCACUCCAUCCUUCAAGUUCACCUAGAGCUAUGGACAGUGGUUAUGACACAGAAAACAACGAGUCUCCUGAGUUUGUCUUGAAAGAGCCCCAUGAACCACAAGACACAAAAGCUUUCAUUCAGCCAUUGAUGUCAAUCUCUGACCCAUGCCCACUUAUAGUGAUGAAAGACGAUGAUGAGAUGGGGAAAGAUGGGGAAAUACUUGAUCCACAACAAGAAGAUGCAGAGGUAGCAGUUACCUUGCCAACAUCGCAAAGCACUGAUGAAGGGCUGACUGCACUAAGUGAGAAAACCCCAUACAGAGAUUCAGCCUACUUUUCUGACAAUGAUGUGGGAAAAGAGAAAGAAAGUGAAGAAGACAGUGAAAAAGACACUGAUGACCUUGAGAGACAGGAGGAGGAAGCAGUGGAAAUGAUAGAAAAAGAGGGACUAUUACCAAAACAGAUGUUUGAAGAAAACAAAGAAAAGGCACACAUUGUAGAGACCAUAGAAAACAGUGAAAAGAUCAGCAGCAAUAUUGAGGAAAGUCUGCUUUUAGAAACAGAUGAAAGAAUCUCCCUUAGAACACCUGAACUCCCUGUUAUCUCUCCCUCUUCUCAUGAGAUAGCUGAAUGCCCAAAAAAUGAUCAGGAUGAAGGUCUUGAGAUAGAUUCAGAUCACGUUCAAGAAGUGUUGCCAUUUGACAGUCAGUCUUCAGAUUUAACUGCCUUGCCAGGUGCAGUUACCAAGUUGGAAAACAGUGAAAUCAAGGAGACAGACCCCAUCCUUGCUGUUGAACCAUCACCCACUGAGAGCAUCACAGCCGAUGAUAAUGUUAAGACUACUCUUGACAUCAGUACAGAUGAGCCUCAGAAGAAAAAAGAGGUUACUGAAGAAGUAACAUCUACCACAUCUUCUGAGGUACUAGCACCCCAGGAAAACAGUGAUAGUGUAGCUAGCACAGAAAAGAGCCUUUUAACUGAUGCUUUGGCAGAUAAGCCUGAAACUCCAGAGAGUAAUACUAAGGAUGGAUUGCAGUGCUACAAGAGCUCCACUCGCCCAUUGUCUCCUCCGCCUCUCCCACCGCUCGAGAGUAGAUUGUCCCCAGCAGAUGGAGAAGAGGCUGAUGAGGAAGAUGGGGAUUCAGAGGACAGUGAUGAAUCAGAUGAGGAGUUGCGUACCUAUAGCAUCCAGGAGCAGAGUGAGGACAGUGAGGAUGAGGCCCUGCAAGUGCCCAUAAUUGUGAGUGACUGCAGUGAUGCACAUAAACUCAGAAGCCUCCUCAAGAUGCCCAGUCUACUCACCGACUCCCUCUGUGAUGAGCUAGACUCCAAGAAGAAGGUGGUGUCCUUCUUUGAUGAUGUUACUGUCUACUUGUUUGACCAAGAAAGCCCGACUAAAGAGCUAGCUGAACAUGGUUUCCCUUUAGGAGAAGGGAAAAGCAUGCAUGGUGCAAAGGGAACAGUACCAAACCAACAGGAAAAAGUCAACGCCUCUGAUGAUUCCUCAGAUGGAAACAUUUCAGAAGAGAGUAUAGGCUUUGAGUGGGAGGAUGAUUUCCCUUUGUUGCCGCUCCCAACCUCUUCAAAGGGAUCACCUCCAGACGUCAAGGCUAAGCCAAGCCUGCCCUCCAGGGCCACAAGCAGCAAACCUGUGGCACAGUUCUCCCGUUUCACCGUCUCACCCUCCACAGUCUCACGUUUCUCCAUCACUCAUGUUUCUGACUCAGAUAUGGAUUCUGCAGGAGGGAGCAGUGAGGAUGGAGACCGAGAGUGAGAACUGCACACCACUGCCAUCUAUUGGGAGCACUCUGCACAUACAUCUUUUUCUCCAGACCUUUUGGUCUUUGCAGUGAAAGUGAAGCUCUUUCAGAGAAUCUUUUGGAUCCCAUCAAAAAACAGUGCCUAUUAUUGUCAGCAAAUACUUACAUAAUGGUCUUUAAUAUGAGGCCCUAAAGAAACAAAAAAAAAUAGUGGCCAUAUGCUUCUUAAAAACAAUAUUAGAAGUAGUCUAAACAUGAAUAUCUUAUUUGUUGAACUCUUACGUAUUUUAAACUAGUGACAGUUUUGAAGGGACUAUAUGUACUGUGAGGACACAGGAUUCUCCUGAAACUGUUUGCAAAGGACAUCAGGUAUGGAUAUAACCCUAACGUCCAGGCUACAAUCAACAUUUUAUCAAAAAAGAAAAAACAGACAAAAAAAAACAAGAAAAAAAAAACUUGCAACCAGUCACAAAGCCAAAUCCCAAAACGUCUCCAUUUUUUCAGGACAAUGUGAGAUGACAUGGACUUUGGCUGUGAAGUAAUGUUGGAAUACUAUUUAAGAUGUUAAAAGAUGAUGAAGUGUUGGGAAAUAACUCAAGGUACUGUUUGAAUUCAUUUGGAAAUAUAUUUGGGGGAAAGAGAAACACACAGCUGCCUUGAGUCAGCCAUCUACCUGAAAGUAGCAGAUCAUACAGGGUGAUGCAACAUCAAGAAACUCUGACCAGCUCAAUUUUUGUUGACCGUGAAAAGAUCUCUGAUGAAAUUUAUAUCAUCCACAUUAUCAGUAUUUAUUUACUUUAUUUCUUUGGAAAUUUUUUGCCUGGUCACUAAAUUCUGUGAAUUACAUUUUCGGUAUUUCCGUAUCGUUUUAUUUCAAGUCACUGUUGAUAUUGGGCAAAAAGCCAGUGAGUCAUUUUUUAUUGCCUACCCUGCCUUGUACAAGCUAUGAAACUCUCUUAUAAAGAAACCAUCUUUACAGUUACCCAUAGCAUGACCUCUUAUUUAGGACUCUAGAAUUAGAAUUAAUCUUAUUUUGACUCUAGAAUUAGUGCGCUGUUGAAUGCAAAAGUAAGUUACUUUGGUCAAAUCCAUCCUGCUUUUCUGGCUUCUUGGAAAAUAUAAAAAUAUUGGAUACAACAAGUGUUUUAUGAUGAGCAUGUAUACCAAUGAUGCUGUACAUGUUUGCUACCUUAUGAUGAUCAGAGCUGGGAUCUCUCAUGAUUAGUGUUCAUAAUUGUUGUCUUAAAGUAUUUUUAAUUUAAUACAUAAUGCAUUUUCAAAAAAAUUACAAAGAAAGAUAGUGGUACUCAUUGCAAGGAAAUUGGAUUGUGGCAGCUUUUUAUUUUGAGAGCCCCCAGUAGACUAUCGACAGAUGCUUUAAUAAUUAUCAAUCUAUAUGGUGAAACUCAGCUGAUUAUCAACAGAGUUAGGCUUAGGUCUAGAAUUAGGUUCCGAUUUUGGGGGCUUAGGUUAAGGAUAUGGCCUCACUUUAUAUGGAUAGUCCACUAUGGCCCCCUAUAGAUUGUCUACAGAUGUUCAAAUUGUUACACAAUCUGUUCAUUCUAAACAGUGGUGGGAUUAGAGAUAGGAUUUGGACCAGAGUUAGGGGAAUCAAUGUAAGGGUUGGGUUUAGGUUUUUGGUUGAGGUUAAGGUUAGGGUUAGGAUUAGCAACAGGUUUGGAGUUAAAGACAAUUACGGUCAAUUUUGCAGAUUUUUCAUUGAUUGUAACUAAAAAGUAAAUUGAGUAUCUACAAAGCAUCAAAAGUGGACUAUCCAAAUAAAGUGUUAGGUUUAGGGUUAGUUUAAAAAGAAAAGCUAUCAUAUUCAACUGAAAGUUUAUUGGCAUUUAAUAGACAUUUAGUUCAGUAUAUGUUCAGGAUGAAGGGAGCAUCAAACAAAGCACCUACACUGGCCUCUCAAAACAAAAUAUUACCUUUAUUGUUGAUGUUAUUCAUAUGAACAUGACAGAAGCUACUGAAUACAGUGAAUACUGAAUAUUGCACUUAUUCUUCACCUUUUGAUUUGUGGCAUUAUUGUCCAAUAUGAAAUUCAUUCUCUGAUAAGCUUGGCUGAGGAAACAAUAACCUCCUCUCUCAGAAAGAAGCUGCUUGAUGCUACGAUUAUAGACUAUGUACAUUAAUUCUAAGUGUUCUGCACACUUAUGUGCUUUGGGGAAAAAAACAAAAUCUUUAUGCUACACUUAAUAUGUUCAAUGUUUGUUUGCCUCUUAUGGCAUCUAUUCGUAAUAGGUUAGCCUAGAUUGAGCUAGAUGGCAAUCUGUACUAUUUUUGUAUUUUACGAAAAAAUUUUAAACUACUGAUGAAAAAGAGUAUGAAGGUUGUGCUGGAUAUACUGUAAGAGUUUAUCUUCAUGUAUCUGCUGCCAAAGAGGUGUUCUUUUAAUGUGGCGUGCAGGCUUGUUGAUGAAGAGGGUGCUUGAGGCUCUUGUAUUUGAGUGCAGUGAGCAGAGACAUGGUUAAGUGAUGAACUAGAGCUCCACCUAGAGAAAAGCAGGGAGAUAUGUGAAGGUCCUCAUAAAAAUCUGUUCCUCUUGUGUGUCACAAGAUCAGUGACUGUACACAAAGAAAAAUAAACUCAUUGUUUGACGUC